AUGUCCUCCUUCCAAUCCUCUCACCAGAGCCACUCCGCUUCGCGCCAUCUCCCCGCUUAUAACCCGGUCGCCGCUGUGACCGCGCCUGCGGGGACCUUUCUCCCCGGGACUAAGGUCCAGGUCGGCAGUCACCGCGUGGUGAUUGAGAAAUAUCUGUCUGAGGGUGGCUUCGCUCAUGUCUACGUCGUUCGAUUGCCCCAACCUAUCAAUGGCACGGAGACGGCGGUGCUGAAGCGGGUGGCUGUGCCUGAUAAGUCGGCCCUGGCGAACAUGCGCACCGAAGUCGAAACGAUGAAGAAGCUGAAGGGACACAAACAUAUUGUCAAAUAUUUCGAUUCGCAUGCCUCCCAACUCGGCGGAGGCGGGUAUGAAGUCUUCCUACUCAUGGAGUUCUGCGGCGGCGGUGGUUUGAUUGACUUCAUGAACACUCGGCUGCAGAACCGCCUGACGGAGCCGGAGAUCAUUAAGAUCUUCGCCGACUGCGCUGAGGGUGUCGCCUGUAUGCACUACCUGAAGCCGCCUCUGCUGCAUCGUGAUCUAAAGGUGGAGAACAUCCUCAUCUCGGGCAAGGGAAGCUCUGCCAUCUACAAGCUUUGCGAUUUUGGAUCCUCCGCCCCUCCUCGCCCCGCGGCGACAUCUGCUGCGGAGGGUCGUUUGAUUGAGGAUGAUGUGCAGCGACACACAACGCUGCAGUACCGCAGUCCGGAGAUGAUUGAUGUAUAUCGGAAACAACCGAUUGACGAGAAGAGUGAUAUUUGGGCACUUGGUGUGCUCCUGUACAAACUAUGUUAUUAUACAACCCCCUUUGAGGAGGUGGGUCAGAUGGCGAUUUUAAACGCCACUUUCAAAUACCCCUCAUACCCCCGUUUUUCGGACCGGUUAAAGAUGUUGAUUGCUUCCAUGCUGAGAGAGAACCCGCAGAAGCGGCCUAAUAUAUAUGAGGUGGUGCGAGAAAUGUGUCACAUGCAGGGCAAGGAAGUUCCGAUUCGAGAUAUCUACUCUAACCGAACUGUUUCCGAGACGCGAAAGAAUCAGGAGUUGCCUCCAACACCAACAGAUGCUCCCCCGGUGGGAGCAGCCUACUCGCUCCCUGUCGAGGAAACCAAGAUCAUUCCUGAGAUCGCACCUAUGCGAAGAGGACGGCCAGGGAAGCCUCAGUCGUCACACGACUCUGCUCGAGCAAGUCCCUCCCCAUACCGCGGUGGCUCCAAAGAUACAACUUCUAGUGAUCCAUUUGCUGCGCUGGAUGGAGGCGCGGCAGCCCGAAGCAAGAAGUCUGACGAGCUUUCUAAGCGCUUCCCCACCUUGGAUCAGUUUGACAUUCUCCACGAGAAUGGAGACAAAUUUGAUUUCGAGCCGACGGCGAAGGAUCAGGCGGAUGACCAUGGUCUCUCGCAGAGACUCACCAAUGCUUUGGCCGACCAAGCAUUUGCUCGACAAACCUCGCCAGAACGUCCAGCGCGACAGGAGCCUCCUUCCAGUCGACAAUCGCAGACUUCGCCUGUACGCGAACCCCAGCAGGUGUCUGCCAGACAAUCCACUCCGCUAUAUCAACCUACUCCUAAGCGUCCUGCAAUGGUAUCCACUGGGACCAUGACAUCGCCCGCUCAGACACCUCGCUUGCAAGAACGCACAUUGUCCAGCCGCCCAAUCUAUCGAUUCCCAACCUCUGAACAGGAUCGUCCCUCGAGUCAGCCCUGGACACAGGAGGAACAGAAGAAGGCACCAUCUCCCCCAUCUUCGGGCUUGCGCCCUGAAGCAAGCCCGCGUCUGUCCUCGGACCGCUUGUCGAACCUUUCUAGCUCCACGCGCCCUUCUAUGGAGACUUUACGACGCCCAUCUGCACUAGAUGCGAAUGAUCCUGUGGGCCGUUCAAAGUCUGCCAUCGCCAAGGCUCGUCCAGUGUCAGUGCAGGCUGGGUACGUGUCGCGGGAACCGGAGGCGUCGAGAUCGUCGUUGGAUUUGUCCCAAUACGAAGGCGGUGCGCCAUUGCGAUCAGUCCGAACAGAGCUGGAUCGCGAUCAUGACCGGGCCAACAUUUCUUCGGAUAUAGACUACCUUCGAGCGAAGGAAGAGGAGGAAAUCAAUCGCAAGAGGGAGAAGCGCUCUAGCAGCGGUGCAAAGCACAGCAAGCGCGGCAGCUUGUCUUCACUUUCACUUUCAGGCGGCAAGAACUUGUUCGCAGGCCGCUUCGGUGAGGCAUUCCGCCGAUUCGAGAGCGACAAGCCCGCGACCCCAUCAUCAGAAGAGGCCCCCAAGACAAGUCUGAUGAGUGAUACCGAAGCCAGAAACGACGACAUGUCGCCGUACGAGGACGAUGUUGUGCUAGAUGAUUUGGAUCGAGACGACAUUUCCCCGGAGACCCGCCGCGAGCUGGAACGCCGUCGCCUCUCCCAGGAGGAGAAGCGGGUUGCCAAUGCUGCGGCCGAGUACCGACGCCGGGUUGCCGAGAACGACGGUGGAAAAGCAGGUGCUGAAUCGCACCGGUCUCGGGCUAUCCAAAACCGAGUUCAAACGCUUAUCGGCGAGUCUAACAAACCCGCCGCCGCACCGAAAACCGCGUCUGGAUAUGGCAAGUACACCGAAUCCCCUGAUUUGCCGGCAAACCAGGGCGAUGUACGUCCUCCAUCAAACCCAAUCCCUACAUCCCGAACUCCUGGACCCGUCUACGGUGCCCGUCAAGGAAACAUGUCUCUGCCGGACCGUCGCGAGGGUGCCAGUGUCCCCGCUGGGAUUCCUCGGACUGCUACCUCUACGUCAACGGGUUACUCGUCUGGACAACGCCCGGCAUCCCGGUCGGCCGCACCGCCAACUGCACCACCGAAGCCUAAGAACCUGCGCGUAGGGGCCCCGGAUGCCUCCAAGCCCGGUGCCAGCAGCGAACGAAGUCACUCUGUCCAGCCGAACCCAACCAGUCCGGGUGAAGACUGGGAAACGAACUUCAGCCGGCGGUUCCCUAGUCUCUCUGGCAUGGAAAUGGAGACGGAGAUUGAGAUCCCCAAGUUCCCCAAGCUGAAGACGCGGGAAGUGUAA